AUGAAUAUCCUCCACGAAUUCGACACCGACGUAUUCGGACUAGUGCGCGGCUACGAAGGUACUCGGUUCGUUGAGAACUUGGCACUGGAGCGUGUUACAAAGGACGUGGACUACUUCGAACUCUCAACAGGCACAAAGUUCGACCCUUGGAGUAAUCCAUCUCCAUCUCUCAUCUUCGUCGUCGAAGGCCAAGUCACGGUUACGAUACCGGAUAGCAUCUCAUCAUCCCCAAGCUACGCUUCCCUACAAUCGAAAGGCCAAGCUGUUUCCAAGACUCUCAAGCGAGGCGCGUGUCUGAACCCAACAUCGCACAUACUCGCCAUCCUCUCACGCGGGGAAGGCAACGAUGAGCCAAUACUGCCCAGGUUUGGAGAAGCAAGAGUGCUGUACGAGGCCGCCACAGACUUGAAGCUCUGCCGAGUCAAUCUCGGCCAGUCGGGAAGCAUCUCCGAAGAUGUACGCUCUCCUAUAAUACAAGGGCUCUUGCAGAAGCUAUUUCUCGUCACGCUUCCUGUUUCCGAAACACAUUUUGGCCUACGAGACCAAGUACUCGACUGCGAAUCGAAGAUGGCCUCUCUCCACAGCACUUCAGCUUACGAAAAUCCCUUCAACGAUUCUGUACCCUCGAAAACUUAUUACGACGACAAAAUUCCAGAGUCACCCGCUAGUUCAUCACGCGGUGGAACCCCAGAUCCGUACGACGAUAAGCCCGCCAGACGCCGUGCACCCUCAAAUCUAUCUACUGCUUCUACCUCAAGACCACAAUCGAUGUUGGGGUCCGAUCUGUACAAGGAAGCUCAGCUCCCUCUCGUCAAGAGCCGAAGCAACCCGAACCUCAAGUUGAUGAUCAAUACUGAGAAGGUACAAAAUUCAGCAGCUGAUGACAGUAAACUUGGAGUUUUCAAAUCACAGUCUAUUCUUUCUAAGACUGAACGCAAACGCCAAAGCAUCCCACACUUUGAAGGAAAGAGACCCGAUAACAAACGCAUACGAGCACAAACCGCAGGACGAAUGCUCAACAUGCUGAUGCAUCCGAAAGGCUUCAACGUCAGAAAUAGCAUCUACGUAGAUGGAGCGAUCAUGGACGAAAUUGAAUCCAGUAUUGAGGUCUUGUCAUUUGGACAAGGAGAAUACAUCGCACACAGAGGAGAACGAUAUCCUGGCGUUUGCCUCGUGAUAGAUGGUGCAAUAGAGGCCUGUACCGGGGAUGAGAUGAGGGCGACCUCUGCAAGGCAGAUGCUCCCGUUCAAGAUUGGACCAGGUGAUAUAAUUGGACACAGCAGCUUGGUCCAUAAUAACAAGUCUCAAUUUGACUUCAGGGCCAUACAAAAGACAACAGUCGGCCUCAUACCGAGGCCGUUCCUUCGGAGGUUGACGGACUUAUGCCCUCAGAUUCUGGUGGUAUUGGUCGCCAAGAUGUAUGAUUGUCUGCCUCCUUUGAUCUCUCUAAUUGACUUUGCUCUGGAUUGGUCGACCGUCAAAGCGGGAGGAGAAGUAUAUAAGAAGGGGGAGAACAGUGAUUCUAUUUGCUUCGUGGUAAGAGGCCGUGUCCGGAUCACUGAAAAGGGACCAAGCGAUAUGGAUGCCCAUAUCAAGGAAUACGGCCCAGGAAAUCCCUUCGGAGUCCUCGAGUUCCACACAAACCGUCCCAGGUCAUGUACAGCUCACGCAAUCCGGAAAUCAGAGAUUGCGAAGUUACAGAAAGCAUCUUACCAAAAGCUUGUGAACUACGCUCCAGAACUGGGAUCUCGACUCUGGGGAAGCAUCGCUCAAGCACCACAAGAUCAUCAACAGAGCGUACAAGGGUUAGAUUCCACUCGGCUUCGGACUAUUGCCGUGUUCCCGCUUUCGCUCGAAGUCCCAGCUGCCAAAUGUGCAACGCUCCUGUCUUCUGCUCUGGCCAGACUCGGCAUUUACGAGAAGGACACUGUAUCGUUGGUAGAGUCGCAUAGUGUGAUCAGCGCGGUCGGAAGUACUGUCUUCACUGAUGCUGGUAACAAACAUCUUGAGGACUACGUGGGGCACGUUGAACAAAACUCAGAUCUCACUAUCUUGAUUGGAGAGCAUUCGGUUGACUCGACCUGGAACGAUAUCUGUAUCGCGACGGCUGAUCUGAUUAUUCUCAUGGCCAUGGACGAUUGCGACCCGCGAAUCACUCCGGUUGAGCUAAAGCUUGAGAGACACGGGACGAUGGCUCAGAAAAUAUUGGUUCUCGUUGAUGACGGUGAAGACGACUUUUGUCCGCAAGCAAUCACAAGACCAUAUAUUCAGGAACGGCCAUGGCUGUCUGAAGCCACUUCCCACAUCGAAAGAACCCGCCUCACCAGUGUUGACUCUUGUCGAGACUUUGAGCGCUUGGCCCGUCGUAUUACGGGACGCUCAAUCGCUGUCGUGUUCGGCGGAGGCGGCGCACGCGGUUUCGCUCAUUUGGGCACACUUCAAGCGCUUGAGGAAGAAGGUAUACCGUUUGACAUAGUCGGCGGCACGUCGAUGGGCGCGUUUGUCGGCGCGCUAUACGCAAGCCACAUGUCGAUUGAUCGAACCGUUGAGGCAGCCAAGGCUUUUAGUAAAGUUUCACGCUGGUACCGUUAUCUCUUCGAUUUUACUAUGCCCAUAUUGGCAUGGACGUCAGGCUCAUCAUUUACGAACCACGUGUCUUCGGCUAUGGACCAGGAUCUGGAUUCGAGUGAUCUGCGACUAGCGUUUUAUUGCAACGCUACGAAUAUGAGUCAAGGUGGUCAAAGUUUGACGAUGUACCCUCAGGCACGUUCCCUUUGGCAAAUGGUCCGAGCAUCAAUGAGUAUCCCGCCGAUCUUCCCGCCGUUUGCUGUUGAGGGAGAAGGCGAUAUUCUUGUUGAUGGUUGCUUUUCAGCAAACGUUCCUGUAUUUCCGGCACUGUCAAUGGGGGCCGAGAUUGUCCUGGCCUUUGAUGUGUCGAACAUGGGCGGUGCACCACCACCUCAGACGUUAGGUCAAUCAGUGUCCGGAUGGUAUAACCUUACUCAAAUGAUAUUUCCGUGCGCAAGUUCGCGUAAGCCGCAUAAGAGCUCACCUUAUAGUGCUGUCGGGACCGAUGGCAAUGUCUGGGGGUCGCUACAGUUAUUGGAACUCAUUACCUUCUCAACAAACACCAACGAGAUCAAAGCUAUCCAGAAUACACCACAAUGUCUGUACAUGUUGCAUGAUUUGGAUAAGAUUGGAACAUUUGACAUGGAGAAAUUUGACAGUAUAAGAGAGAUGGGAUAUGAAGGUGCAAAGAAAUGGUUACGGGAGGUGAAGACUUCGGGAAAGUUGGAUCAUCUGGCACUGCCCCGAGGUAUCAAGGAUGGAGAUAGAUAA